AUGCAGACCCCUCGGGUGACGGCGUCCAGCCUCAUCUUUGUUCUGGUGGCCCUAGAAUCUCUCCACCUCGGGAGUCCUCUAUCUUUCUCUUGGGAGUCUCGGGAGUCCUAG